UCUUGGGAGGACUCCAGGUCUGCCUCUUGCCGGCGCUUUCCCUCCUGUUCCUCUCCCCAGCUGUUCAGCCGGCCGGGGUGUUAGUGUCACCCGUCUCCGGGGGUGUGAACUUGCUGGCAUGGCUGCUUCUGGGACCUUCGGGCGGCAGCAGCAGGGAGGAGGCUGCCGGCAGAGCUGGAUUUAAAGGGGAAUUGUGCCGCAGCCGAUGCUCGGCAUCUGGAGCAGCCCUGGGGACUCUGACAUUGCUACACACACGCAGCCAGUCACAAUGACAGCAGCUGCCUGGAGUGGCUGCAGGCAACGGGCCGGGAACAUGAAGUGAAGGGAUUGCUGCGGAGCUCAAGAUGAACUCCACCUGGGUUGGCAACCAGAGCGGGCGGCCAUUCUGCCUGCUGACCAUUAGCUACUUGGAGACCUUCAAUUUUUGCCUCCUGGAAGUGAUUGUCAUCGUGUCUCUCACCGUGCUCAUCAUUUCAGGCAAUAUUAUAGUGAUAUUUGUCUUUCAUUGCGCCCCUUUACUGAACCACCACACCACCAGCUACUUCAUCCAGACCAUGGCUUAUGCUGACCUCCUGGUGGGCGUGAGCUGUCUGGUGCCUUCUCUGUCCCUGCUCCACUAUCCUGUAGUUUUGCGAGAGUCCUUGGUCUGCCAGGUUUUCGGUUAUGUGGUCUCCGUGCUCAAGAGCGUCUCCAUGGCCUCUCUGGCUUGUAUUAGCAUCGAUCGAUACAUUGCCAUCACCAAACCGCUGACCUACAAUACUCUGGUCACCCCGUGGAGACUCCGCAUCUGCAUCCUGCUCAUCUGGCUGUACUCCUGCCUCGUCUUCUUACCUGCCUUCUUUCACUGGGGGAAGCCUGGCUACCAUGGGGAUGUGUUUCGGUGGUGCGCCGACUCCUGGUACACCAAUCGCUAUUUCACGCUCUUCAUCGUGAUGAUGCUCUACGCCCCUGCUGCAUUCGUCGUCUGCUUCACCUACUUCAAUAUCUUCCGCAUCUGCCAGCAGCACACCAAGGAAAUCAAUGAAAGGCGAGUGCGCUUCAGCUCCCAGGAUGGGGAAGCUGGGGAGGCACAGCCUUGCCCCGAUAAGCGCUAUGCCAUGGUCCUCUUCCGCAUCACCAGUGUCUUCUACCUCCUCUGGUUGCCCUACAUCAUCUACUUUUUGCUGGAGAGCUCGGCUGUCUACAGAAACCACACGGCCUCCUUUCUGACUACUUGGCUGGCCAUUAGCAACAGUUUCUGCAACUGUGUCAUUUACAGUCUCUCCAACAGCGUUUUUCAGAAGGGGCUCAAGCGCCUUUCGGGGGUAGUUUGCGCAUCUUGCGCAAGACAGAGGGUAGCUAAGGACUCUUCAACCUCUAGGAGCAAAAGGCCUUCCAAUGGAUGUCAUGUCUAAGGAGCAGGUUGCUGAGCUUGGGAAACGCAGGCGCAGUCAUGCACAUUGCAAAAUAAGUUAAAUUCCAUUGUUAAGACAUCUAGCUUAGCAGAAAGGUUUCUGAGAGAUGCUGCUGACACCAGAACCAGGAGCAUGCGCUGUUGUUUCCCCUUUAAAAUGGUGUGAGGGUGUGUAACCUCCAUAUUCUUUUUAAGAAUAAAGGUGUAUCCUCACAUUUCUGGCAUUGACCGAAUGUUGUGUGUGGCUGGGUGAGCUGCAGCUUUGAGGCCAUUUCAAGAUUUGUGGGUCUCACAGAAAUGAUUUCUCUCAAGUGGAAGUGUUACAGUGUAAUGUAUUACAAGGACUCUCUUGCCUAUGCCAAAGCAUAUUGACUCUGUGUGUUCUGACAUAAUAUAAGGGGCCAAAUGAUUUGCCUUUCAGCUCUACUUAGAGCUCUAGAAUAUAGUGAAUCAUGUGAACACUUUAACAUUAACCUUAACUUAAAAGUUGCAAUGAGCCACGAAUGCAGCAAUGUGAUCAAAACAAACACUUUUGAAAACUGAUCUGGUCUCUGGGCCCCAUUUUCCCAGUAGAAUACUUGUGUGUGAUUGGAGUACAGUAUUUGCAUUUUUCUGUUUGUUUGUGUAGUAACGAGGACAGCUCGGAUCAGACCAAAUUUAGCAGUUUAAUAAAACAUUUUUAUAAGCGGUUGUUUGACAUCUGAAUUGUAGCAGUGGUUUGAGGAUGAUGCCUCUUGGUGAAAAUUAUUCUCAAAACACUGGAGAAAAGCCACUUCUGGUUGGCAAUUACUCAAGAACAACUAACAAAAAUCUGACAUGUUUUUUAUCUAAAUUUUUCUGAUAGUUUACAUAGUAAAAAUUAAUGGGAAAAGAAAAAAGUCUCAAUAGCUAAGGAGGCUAUGUUAUAAAUUUAACUACAGUGUUUGAGUUAUAGAUAACUGAACACACAGCUAAAUCAGGCAUUUAUCUUUAAUCCCAGGAAGCCUAAAGAAAGUUAAAAUAUAGCAGGAGUAAAUUCCUUUUGCCAAGCAUCUGCCGUAAACCGGUCAAACAAAGUUUACUAUCUGAGAAGCAAAGUUUUCGUGACAAUAACUUUUUAGAAAUGGUUUAGAAUGGAGGCUUUUUGUCUACUGUAAUGUCAUCUGCAAUGCACUUUUGCCCUCAACAGUUCAUUCUUUUUAAAAAUGCCAUUAACUCUUUAUUGAUGCAUGGAGUGCUAUUUUAGUAGCUAAAGUGUCUGCAAAGUAUAAAUUCUUAAUAAUAAUGGAUUAUAGCCUGUGUAAUAUUUUCCAUCUCAGUGUCCUUAAUACAGGGAUGUGGGUUUCUCUCUCUCUCCCCCCCUCCCCCUUUACAUAAUAUAUACUGCAGCCUAUCUGCAGCUUGCUGUGUUCAGCCUGCAGCCUAUCUCUGUGUGCCAUAGGAGUUGCUUCUGGGGAAUUCGUUGAGCUCCCCACACAUGUAGGAGUUGCAGUGUGCGUGUGCGCUCAGUGCACAGAGGCACUGAAGGAAACUUAUGAAAAAUGGAUUACAAGAGACUUCUAAGACCUGGAAAUGUGUCUCUAGCUCAAGGGGAAAAUCAUAGUUUGUGCUGUAAAAUGUAUUUAAAUCAGAUCUUGGUUUUCUACUAUAAUAUGUCAUCCUUGAUGAAAACCUGCAAAGAUAACUUUCUGUUGUAGAGCCUCCAAAAUGUAAGAACAAAGGCUGUUGCAAUCCUGAUGUAUCACAGCUACUUUAUUAGUUGUUAGUUGUAUCAUUGCGCACCUAGAAACUAGGGCCCCUUUUGGUUGGCACUGUGUAAAUUAGGGAUGUUAAUCGGUGUCCGGAUAAAUGGAUACUUGGCAAGCAUCACUCUUUUAAGCAGAUAAGGGUUAACCGGUACCUGGGAGCAGCCCUCACAGGCCAGGGCAGCCCCCUGGGCGGAGAAGGAGGGAGCAGAGCAGGAUCAGCCAGGAUGGAGCAGUGACCUGACCCCAGCAGACAGGGCGGGGAGGGCACCCCCCCGCCCACCUUCUUUAAUUGGCUAAAUGCGUUUAACUAAUUAAACAUAUUUUACGUACCUAGCGUAAAUAGACAGCAAAAAGACGGUCCCUACCGCUGAAGAGCAUGCUAUCUAAAUUUAAGGCUAAAGAUGACAGGUGGAUGUGACUGACAGUGGGGGGCAGGGUUUGAGGUGACCCUUAGCAAAGAUGAAAUAAGUAACGAUUGUACCAGCUGGCUAAUAAUUCCCAAGUCUUUUAUAAGCAUUAUAAUGUAGGUGGGUUUUAAGAUAUCACUAAUAUUUAGCAUUUAUGCUCAGUAUGAUUGAAAUGCAGAAAACCGCUGCUUUAAGUUUCAAGUGUUUGAGCAGAUAUAAUCGAAGCAUUAGAGUAGCAUUUAACAUCCGGAUGAUUUAUGUCAGAUUUAUCUGCUGGGCCCUAAAAUCCAUCACAGUAAGGUUUUAGGCUUUAAUGAAGAUCUGAGGGCAAAUAUGGAUGCAUCUUUCAGUUUGUGUGACAGGAAGCAGCAGCUGGAUGUGUCUUAGUGUACAAUAUAUUUGGGAAUAUAUGAAUUUAACAACAGUUGGGGUACCUAAAUGCUGACAUUAGUAUUUAACUUGUGGUGCACCAGAUGUCAGUUUUGUCCAGCUGGCCCAGAACUGUUUUCAAAAUACAGUAGUUUGCAGCUACAGAUAUUUUUAAAACUUUGGAAUAGCUGAGCACAUUAACUACUCUGUUGCUGGCUAGAAGGAAGGUAGUCCAGCUGUGAGAAUCAGUUAUAGAGGAUUUAUUAAAAAUUAGGCUUUUGCUCUUUCAGUGACUAUAUUCAAAUAGGCCAUCAGCUUUAUGUUAUCUCUAAACCUGUCAGUUAAGUUGUUUUUCAUGUGUGUAUAUAUGUUUUUAAAGCUGCUUCCCCAGAUUGAUAUCACAUGCAACUAUUGACUUCAAUUAAGUUAUAUCAGCAAUGAAUCUGUCCCAGUGUUCUUGGGACUAAGUGAGGAAGAAAUAAUUUCACACCUGAUUUUAUCAGAGUUCGUUUAACUUUAUUUGGGUGAUGGCACGAGGCUUAGUGCUUGUUUUCAGGGACUCUGAACACUGUCGAUGCUAUGAAUGGUUACUUCAUAAAAGGUCAGAUGAUUUUCAUAGCUACUUUUGAAAAUGAGGAAUUGUGGUUGGCUAUGCUUGUUUGAGUUCCCAUAAUGCUUUACAAAACAGUGAGUAUGGACUAGGAUCCUUGCACACACAAAUGUGGUGAAGGAGCAUUGAUGUAAAAAUAUUUUCAUUUUCAUAAAAAUAUUAGGUGUGCAUUUGAGGGGUAGCCAUGUGAGUCUAUUUCAG